AGCAGGAUAGGAAGAGGAGGGAAGUGGAGAAGAGAAGAGAUGAGAUGAGGAGGAAAGACAGAAAGAAACAACAUCAGAACAAACAGGGGAUUGAAGAGAACAAAUCUUACAGCUAGGUAAAGACAAGUUUUGGGUUUUUCCAAUAUUUUUCAAUACGACAACUUUUGUAAAAUAGUGUUGCAGCAGCUGCUGUGAUGUGGACGGAAACCAAAACAGAGAUGGAGGAGGUCGGCAGGAGUCGUGCCAGCCUUGGUCACCGUGUGUUAAACACUCUGCUGCUAUGUACUGGGGACAUGGAGCAUCUAAAUAAGUACAUGCAAGACAAGUCAUUUGUGCUGCAGCUGGCUGUGUGGGGCCUCAGAGGGGUGACCAGGGUGAUUCUAGCCAAUAACCCGCUGAGUGGUGCUCUCAUUAUGGCUGCACUGUACUGGGCUUCCCCCUGGCAGGGCCUGCUGGGAACUGUUGGUACACUGGUCUCAACGCUUACAGCUGUUAUCAUGGGACAAGACAGAGCCGAGGUUUCAGGAGGUCACCAUGGUUUUAACGGCAUGUUGGUGUCUCUGCUGAUGGGAGUGUUUAGCUCAGCUGGAGACUGGUACUGGUGGCUGCUGUUGCCCGUCUGCUUCGGCUCAGUGACCUGUGUCUUUCUCUUCAGUGGUCUGUCCUCGCUGUUGGUCCACUGGGACUUGCCUGUGGCUGUGUUUCCCUUCAACAUCAUCAUCAUCCUUUACCUUCUUUGUACGGGCCCAGACAAUCCAUAUUUUCCACACCACAGAAUUGUGCCACCAGGGGCACUGGAUCCUAAUGGCACAGACGUCAUUGUAUUAGAGAUGGUGCGUGGUGUCCCUCUCGGUGUUGGUCAGAUCUUUGCCUGUGGAGGAAUGGGACCAUCCCUCCUCAUCCUUGGAGCUCUUGUGCUCUACUCUCCACUGCUGGCUGCUCAUGCUCUGCUGGGAUCAGCGGUUGGCACACUGGCUGGUUUAUCCAUGACGGUGCAUCAUGGUUACUUGUACUCAGGUCUGUCUGGUUUUAAUGGAGCUUUGGGCUGCAUGGCUGUUGGAGGACUCUUCUUCACCUUCAGUUGGAGGACACACCUCUUUGCUAUUGCCAGCGCCUUCCUCUCUGCAUAUGCUGACAUUGCUCUGGGAAACCUGCUGGGAACUGUGGGACUCCCAGCAUGCAGUUGGGCUGCUACUCUAACAGCCACACUGAUGUUGAUGCUGACCGGCAGUUUAGCUGAAAACCGCAUCCCAACCGGUCAAGUUAUGGCUCCUGAACAUAACCUGCACUCUCGUAGCCUGUGGGCAGCUGCGAAGAUCACAGACAGAGAAAGCACUGCGUAGUCCUCCCCAGCACCACUCCCUCUCUGCUCCUGGCUUCUCCUCUGAGGAUCUCCAGGAAGCCCAGUUUCGUCAGGAACUCCAGCCUCUGACGGUCAGUGGGCUGCACUUCACAGAACACGCCCUGAGAACCUACACACACAAACAUGCAAAUUUAAGAUAAAUUGAUAUAAAAAUGUAAAAUUCUGAAUAUAAAAAUGCACGACACGUGACUCUGACACUGGUCACAUUAAGUGCUUCAUGAUACAGCAUUGAAACAGUUAGCUCAGAUCAACUCAUGCUUAGAUCAAGAGUGUAUCCAGACAGAGAAAUUGUAACAUCAGUAUCUUAGUUUUGUCAGAUGUUUUUGUCAGAAGGGAUAGUUAAGGUUUGUGAGGUGUGGUUAUAGGAGGACACAUUAUCAAUACUGGCUUCACCAAACAUGCUGCUUCCAUGUACAAGCCUGGUAGCUGUAAGGGAAAAACAUUAUUUGGCCUUUAAAUAAACAGUAUAGACCAGCUGCAACUCCCAAAUCACAAAGGCCUCUGUGUCACCCUGACACCCAUAAUUUGUCUACAGAAUGUUCCUUAUUCUAUCUUUGUUCACAAGGGUAGAGUCAAUUCUAUGCAUCAGCAGAGGAAGGCACCAGACUUCUUGACCUGUAGUCUCUCCUCCAAACUAGAGAUAUUCCUUAACUCUGGGAUUCACUGGCAGAAUGACAGAGGAUGCCCAACUGUUAACAUCUCGUUGUUCAUGUUCGGCAUUGUCUCACUUCUCCUCGGAUCUGCGCUGUCUUCAGUAAAGCUUUUCAACUUAACAAAGCAGCAGUAGCCACACACUCGCUUCCUAACUGCCAGCUGGUAAAGAUAUUAUAUUUGCAAUAUCUUGAGAGUAUGUUCACUGCUUUAGCCAUGUUAUCAGUGCCAGCAGGUAUCCAGCUACCAAGAUCAAUGUUGAUAAUUGUAUCACAAUUACACAGUACACAGAGAAAAACCUAAACUGUAAGCAAAAAAAGAGCGAUGCAGACAUGAUUGAUUGCAAUGCCUCAGUGCUUUUUGUCUUUACCAUUUGCCUUGAGUGCAGUGAGGAGGGCGAUGAGUAGGGUGCGGCUGAUGCUGAUGUCCACGAGCUCCGGCAGGGCAUCCAGUCGCAGCUGGGAGGGGAAAUGAUAAAGGAGCGAGUCUGGGUACUCACCCUGGUCCUCUUCCAUCAGCUGGAUCAAGUCCUGCACAGAGAAAAGCAGAGACACAAGGACGUCUGUCCUCACAAUGUGUUGCUAAUGUUAGAAAGAUGUCCUGCAACUUCACUCUGUCCUGAACCGUUCAAACGACAGUAGAGUGUAGGGCUGAAUGACUUGGACAAAGUAUCUACUGUAAUUGCAAUUACUUUAAUAUAACUUGUGCCUAUGACUUGAUUUGCAAUAUCAUAUAUAUAUUUUAAGUUAGGCUUUAUUUAAAUCUUCACUUACAUAUAUAUAUAUAUAUAAAACAAAUACGUAUAUAUUUUAAAAAGAUAGAGCAUUACUACAUGACAUAAAAAUAUUAACUAUUAAACUAAUGCAAGGAUGAGAACUUUGAGAUAUUAAUUUUUUCCAACAUAUACUAACUAUUAAUUUUAUUAUCAAAUAAUUUUCUCUAUUAAUUGAUUAGUUUUUUCAUCCAUUAAAAUGCACAAAGUGUUGUAAAAUGUCCAUCAGUUUUUUCCCAACUUCAAUAUAAAUGUAGUGGUCUUCAGUUUACCCUCAUAGAGGGGCAAAUAAACCAGAACAUGAAGUCCCAAGUUUGAUUUUAUAAAGUGUUGACAAUUAAUUGUUGACAAUUCAUUCUGCAAUCAUUGAAUCAAUUAUGAAUCGAUAAUUUGCUGCAGCUUUAACGAUCAAAAAGUUAAUGAUUAAAUUGAAAUCUUUGCAAUUUGCAUUGUUUCACACUGUGCAUUUAACUGGAAAACAAUCUCUCUUUUUUUAGCCCUGGUUAGGUGGUGGAAACUGGUAUUUGAACACACACAGCUGCCACUAGAUGCUACCAAUGAGUCCUAUUUGACAGACUUACAAAUUCAGUAGAUCAGGGAGUUUUUUGGAAACAUAGAGCCAUGAUUGGUCUGACAAACUGUGUCAUUCAAUUGUGUAAAAGUAUCAAACAGUUGUUUGGCCACUUUGGCUUUACAUAACAGUAAACAUUUCAACAGUGAAGUUUUCCCAACUGUGUAAAUAUGAACGACAGUCAACAAAAGUGUGACUGUCAGUGCACAUCAUGACGCACAGAGUGGGCUGAUAAAUCCCCCACACAUGUCAGCGAGGGACCAUUUGUGUCGCUCACCACCAGCUGUGUUUGGCUCUUUGCCUGAGAUCAACACACAGUCACCAAGUUUGUUGCAUCCUGACACUUAUGUAGUGCCGUGGUGAUCCAUACAGUUCACUGAAAGCCUUGAGUAGAAGUCAAUUCGACAAUUUGUGCAGUCUUUGUGUAUGUGUUGUUUAUCUGUGUUCCAUCUACCUCUGAGUGACUUAUUAAUCCAUCACAGAGAGAUCCAGAUGGUGUAGCUGGAGGUACUGAUAUGUCUAAACAUUUGAAUGCAUUGUCCUCUCGAGAAGAUGUUAGGUGAAAUGAAUUGCGCUAUUUAAGUAAUUUUUAGCCUUUUCACCUCCUCAUAUUCACCUGUGUGUUGGGGUGUGUUGUGCCUCCUUUGGGGGGGUAUUUGUCCCUCAUGGCAGGUAUCCAGCUGGCCUGGCAUCGCUUGGCAAACGAACGAACAUCAAAGAUGCCCAACACACAGCCACAUACACCCAGCUCAUCCUCCAGGAUGAAGCUGUACUCUGGGCACAUCGCCAGGCACGGUCCAAGACAUCUACGGAAAUGAAAAGGUAUAACUAUAAAAGCAGAAUCACCAACCAGUCAUGUUGUGUUUUAUAUGAGUGUGUACUGAUUGAAUUUACAGCCGUAGAAUUAUGCUUAUGAUUUGUAAAAAUGGUGUAAGUGUAGCUCCUUUUGGAACUGUCUUUCGGUUUGUGCAGGAUUGGUUUGAACUACCUGACAUUAGGAGGAGAAGGAGCACAACACUCUCCAAUAUCUUUCAUUUGGAUUUCAGGACAAGUUUUAAAACUGUAUGUGAAUGGCCCCUAAGUGAAUAUUCCACAAAAGAGUUUAAAAGAAAUCCCCUGUGUUGCAUUCCUGAUGAAUUUUUCAUACAUUAUGAGUUCAUGAUAUUUCUUACGUAUAACUGAAAGAGUGGGACAGACAGCUGUUGUUGCUGCAUAGGCAUACAACCUGUGAAUAUAGUUGUCACUGAUGUGGAAUGUACUGUAGAUUAUUACUCUGCCUAAUGCCUCGUCUUUCUUUCUUUCUUUUUUCCUCUCACAAACAAUUACCUGUCCCCUACGACAUCUGGGUGAGCAAAAUUGGAUUCCUGGCCACCCUGAGUCCUCAGGUGAAGCUGUCGGACCAUACGGUACAACUCCAUCUGCACACAUUUACACAGAAAUCGCAUCACUUUGAUGGAUGGUUGUGCUUUUAUGUCUCAGUUUCCCCACACCAGUUAAACAAAAAAUUCAAAGGUGAAUUAACAAUCAUGGUCCAAAAAACGGUUUACUUUUGUCACACUUUCAAUUUCUCCCAAUCUCUCUCUAAUUUUCCCAUUCUAACCCUAACCCUUUUCCCAUUCUAAUCUCUAAUUUUCUACUCAUUCUUUAUUUAUUUUUAAGGAAAAAUAACUUUUGUUGUGGUAUUAAAAUGUUUUUAACUUCAUUCAGAGUCUCCAGUGGCGUCUCUGCAGUGAGAUUUAUACAUUGUCUAUUUGUCCCAUUUAGUGUUGAAUUACGUUUGUUGGAGUCUCAGUAUAUAUGUGAGUCUUUCCAUAUUGUAUGUCUCCUCGACUGUGUCCAACCAGUUCCUCAGAGUGGGAGAGCCUUCGCUACACCAUUUCCUUGUGACUCCCUUCUUGGUCGCAGCCAGAAGUAUUUUGACCAAAUACUUGUCCUCACACUGUACAUUUUCCCUUGUCAGGUUACAUAGAUAUAACACCUCAAAUGACAUUGGUAGUUUGUAUCCCAGUAUUUUCCGCAAUUCAACCCAUACAUCAUUCCAGUAUUUUUUAACCUUAGUACAUUCCCAAAAAAUAUGAGUAUGACCUGCUUUCUGCUCUCCACACUGUCUCCAGCAUGCUUGUUGUAUGGAUAAGGAUUUGUUCUAAUUUUCAGGAGUAAUAAAGAAUCUGACUAUA